AUGUCUGAAUCAACGCUCAACAUGAGAAUUGGCAGGGAGAUCAUAUCCGGACACUCCACAAAAUCAGGCGGAGAAGCAAAAUAUGCUAUACUAUUAGCUCUUUUACUAGCAGUCUUCUGCUCACUUGCGUUCAUAUCUUGGGCCUUUCCAACAUCGUGGUGGAAGAGAAAUGAAGGGACGUUAACGUUAUGGUUCCAAUUUGUAAACCAUAUUGAUCCUGUGAAAUAUGAAGUUCCAGUGGACUCCGAUGUCGGUGACAUAAAACGGAUUAUAAUUCCCAACAGAGACGAUGAACAACUGGCGGACGUAUUGCUAUUGAGUCGAGUGCAUGGCAGACUGAAUCCGUCGGUGUAUGCUAGAGACUUGGUAGACGAGAAAUUUCCAUACAUUGUGUACAUAGAUACCAUAGGUGAAUAUAUGUGCUAUUUAAUAUUUCUCGGACGAUUUUGA